UUGGAGGCGUACAGUAGUUACAAAAUGGCUGUGGGCUGAGGAGGAGGAGGAGGAGGAGGGGGUGGCUGGCGAUGCCCGAGCGCCUCAGAUGGGGAGCCCCUUCGCUGGGAAGCCGAGCCCGCCCCAUUCCGUCCCUGCGACGCUCCUCAGGCCGCCUCCUCCUCCUCCUCCUCCUCCUCAGAGGACGGAGGAAGGGACUGCUGCUGCUGCUGCUACUGCUACAGUGGCGGGAAGGCCCCCCAUGGCUGCCUCGCUGCGCUGCUCCGUCAGGCUGGCUCUGCUCAGCGAAGAAGAGCUCCUCCAGGGGCGCCUCACGCUGCCUUUCUCCGGCCCAGACUUCAAGGGGCUCCAGAUGGAGGUCCAGGCGCCACAAGGAGGAGGAGGAGGAGGAGAAGCAGCAGAGAUGGCUGUCACUGAUGCUGAGGGAGUAUGUGUGUUCAGAUGCAUGGUUAACAGAGAUACAGAAUUCUGCCGUGUGGGAAGAGACUCAGUUUUGAUAUCGCUGGGCUACAAUAGUGCUUUGCUCCAAUUCAGGUCACUCUCUGAAUAUAGCAUGUUUACAAAUGCACUAAAGAACUGCAGGAAUCAGACAAAGGAAUCCUCUGCAUUCAGUCAGAGAACAGAAGAAUCCUCUGCAGCUCAGUAUUUUCAGUUUUAUGGCUGCUUAUCUCAGCAACAAAAUAUGAUGCAGGAUUUUGUGAGGACAGCCACAUAUCACAGAGCAAUACUCCAGAACCAUAUAGAUUUUAAAGAUAAGGUUGUCCUAGAUGUUGGCUGUGGAUCAGGAAUCCUUUCGUUUUUUGCUGUGCAAGCUGGAGCUAGAAAAGUGUAUGCAGUUGAAGCUAGCUCAGUGGCAAAAUAUGCUGAGAUUCUAGUGCAAAGUAACAAUCUUUCUGAUAAGAUCAAAGUUCUGUCAGGAAAAAUUGAGGAAAUCUCCCUGCCUGAGAAUGUAGAUGUUAUUGUUUCUGAACCAAUGGGUUAUAUGCUCUUCAAUGAAAGGAUGCUGGAAAGUUACCUCCACGCCAAGAAAUGGCUGAAAUCAAAUGGAAUGAUGUUUCCAACAUUUAGUGACAUUCAUUUGGCUCCUUUUUCCGAUGAACAGCUCUACAUGGAACACUACUCCAGAGCCAAUUUUUGGUACCAACAAUGUUUUUAUGGAGUCAAUCUGUCCAGUCUCCGUAAUGCAGCUGUAGAUGAAUACUUCAGGCAGCCUAUUGUAGACACAUUUGACAUUAGAAUUUUAAUGGCCCGCACAGUGAAAUAUACUGUCAACUUUACAGAAGCAGCAGAAGAAGAUUUGCACAGAGUGGAAAUCCCCUUUGUUUUCCAGAUGAUGCAGUCUGGUCUAAUCCAUGGCUUGGCAUUUUGGUUUGAUGUGGCGUUUGUGGGUUCAUUGGUAACAGUUUGGCUAUCAACGGCUCCCACAGAACCUCUGACUCACUGGUAUCAAGUGCGCUGCCUUCUUCAGACUCCUCUCUUCGCAAAAGAAGGGGAAACACUUUCAGGGAAAGUCUUAUUUGUAGCAAAUAAACGGCAGAGUUAUGACAUCCAGAUAGUGGCCAUAGUGGAUGAAACAGGUUUUAAGUCAGGCAAUAUCCUUGAUUUAAAGAAUCCAUUUUUUAGGUAUGCUUAACUGAUAUGUUAUACAACUUCUGGAGGAACAGCCAGAAUUACAACUCAACCAAGUAGCUUAUGAAAAGCUGAAAGUGAGACUAUUGAACAAGUUGCUGCUUCUGUGAAAUCUGUUUGUACGUAUCAAAAGGAAAUAUUUUAUGCAAAAUGUGUAAGAAGAUGUUUGUACAGUUUCCCUCUACUUUUUCGAACUGACGUGCCAGUCUUAAAACAUGCCUGCCUGGGAAGUAUUUUCUUACUGUAGUGAAUGAUGCUUUCUUGGUUGAUGCCUUUACUUGGAAAUCUAUUCCACUGAAAUCAGUGGGGAUAAGUAUUAGGAGUGGAAAGUUAUUUCCACAUUUGAAUUAUUGUAUUUUUAUGCCAGUGGAUCAAAACAGUAUUGGUAUCUGAUGGGCCGGGUAUCACUUUUGGUUUGUUUUUCUAAUGCCAACCCUCCUUGUUUUGUUUUGUUUUCCCCUCAAGGAAUAUUCUUAACAAAACCUACCUCAUUUUUCCAUACAUAUCUAGAAUGUAUGGGAGUGAUGUGAACAAAACGCUAAGCUCAUAUGUAACUCUGUUUCAGUAUUUGCAAGAUGUGUUGAACUCUCUAGAGUAGGAGUGGGCAAAUUGUGCCUCCCCUAGUCUGUUUUGUAGCCCAUAGCCCUUUCAGAUUAUCCAUUCUGUCCUUUUCUCCUUGCCCACCUCCCAAAUAAAUGAUGAAUUUAUUUUCCUGGAAAACUCCAGGAGCAGCAGCUCAACUUUAAAUAGAUAGCAGCUGAACACUGAAAACACCAAUUUCUGGCUACUUCCAGUUCUGUAUAGGGUUUUGCUUUUUUAAUGUUUGCAAUCUGUGCAUCCCCUGGAUGGUCCCAGAGGCAGUAAAUUGUCUCCUGGACUCACUGCAGUUGCCCAUCCCAAUCUAGAGCUUAUUCAUGGCUGGUCAAUAAUGAACUGUAAUUGUUUCAUAGCAAUAUGGCACUAAGCACAUUACCUGAGAGAUAUUUCUGACUGAUAUUGUUUGAAUGGUGUUUUUUUUUUGGGGGGGAGGAGCUUUCCUGGAUUGUCCUGAGUCAGUCUUCACAGCUUGUUUUUUUUUUAAAAAUAUAUGAAGAGAAACAACAGCAGAAUAACUUAAUCUGCACCUGCAUUUCUGUAUAUUUCAUACAUUCUGUAGAUAACAUUUGCAAUUGUAUAUUUAAUCUUUCCAAUAAAAUUUAAAUAUAAAACAUAA